AACCGGUCCAGUGCGUGCAGCAAUGAUUACAACGGAACGUGUACGAGUGUUUAGGAAAUGGGGAAUGUGUUUGAAUAUGUAGCGCAAAGUGCAGUUAGUGUUGAAAGACCCAAUUAAAUCUGGCGAAUGAAGAAACAUUGUACACUCUGUCUCGUAACACCGGUGAUGAAGAUUGUGUGUAGUGUCAUCAUCGUUUGCAACAUUUUGGGCUGAUUGGAGGAACAGGUUUUUAAACAAUUUUAAUUUGUUUUUCAACUCAACGGUGAGUUCAAUUCUGGCGUGUGAUCUUUCCGAUCUAAUUGUAGUUUGCAAUAUGUAACUGUAAAGUGCAGUUGGUAUCAAAAGAAUCAAAUAAAUCCGGGAAGUGAAGAAAUUAUUGCACACUGCCAAUUAAAUCUGGCGAAUGAAGGAAUAUUGCACACAUCGUGUCAUAACUCCGUCGAUGAAUGUCCAGUUUGCAUAAUGUUAUUCACGUUUGCGGGUUAAAUAUUUGGAAGAACAGAUUCUCAAAAAAUUUUAACUUGGUGGGAAAGAUUCUUAAGAUAUAAAUGCAUUUACCAGAAUGGGUCACCAUAAUAUACGAUCUUCUAAUUUUUACGGGGAUGACGCUUAUUUACAUAAGCGAAGCUAUUAUUUUGACAUUUAUUCCGCGACGUUAUCGCUCGAAGUCUAUAAAAGGUGAAAUUGCCUUAAUAACGGGAGGUGCGGGAGGAAUUGGACGAUUGAUUGCGAUUAAAUUGGCGAAUCUUGGAGCACACGUUGUUAUCUGGGAUAUUAAUAAGAUUGGGUUAAAUGACACAGUGCAAGAGAUUAGACGCAAUGGAGGAAAAUGUUGGGGUUACUAUUGCGACAUCACCAACAGGGAAGAAAUUUACAAAAUAGCAAAGAUAGUUCAGAUUGAAGUUGGAUCGGUAACGCUGUUGGUAAAUAAUGCUGGUUAUGUGUAUGGAAAAACGCUUUGGGAAUUACCGGAUGACGAGAUCGUGCGUACUUAUAGAGUGAACAUUUUAUCCCACUAUUGGAUUACCAAAGCAUUUAUGAGGGAUAUGAUGAAAAAUAAUCACGGUCAUAUUGUAACUGUGGCAAGUGUGGCUGGAUUGCUAGGCACUUACAAUUGUACUGAUUAUUCGGCGACUAAAUUUGCGGCUAUCGGUUACCACGAAAGUCUAUUCACCGAACUUAAAGCUCACAAUUACAAUGGAAUUCACGCCACUUUAGUUUGCCCCUAUUUUAUCAAUACCGGUAUGUUUCAUGGAGUAAAACCAAGAUUAAUGCCAAUGUUAGAACCUGAGUAUGUUGCACAAGAAAUUGUAUCUGGUAUAUUAGUAAAUCAAGUAAUUGUUGUACUGCCUGGAUCAGUUAGAUAUCUUCUACCAUUGAAAUGCUUGUUACCAGCAAAAUUAUGCUGGGCAUUGAUGUAUCAUAUCAUACAAGGACCUCAAUCUAUGAUGAUGUUUAAAGGAAGAGGGGAAGAACAAGCACUAAAGAAUAACAAUAACGUAACAAUAACACCCAAAGGAACUGUACAUUAAUAUGUAGUAAUUCGAUAAUGUUUGAUUAAG